AUGCCUGAUCCAGCUGAGCCUGGCAGGGGUCUGUCUCAGCCACAGACAGACCCAGUCUCCCUCCUUGAUACGAUUGACAAACUCCGUACCCUUGGUGUGGGUGAAUUUGUUAGCUUGCCACAGAUGAUUGUCUGUGGUUCCAAGUCUAACGGUAAGCGCUCUAUUAUUGAGGCGAUUUCUCGCGUGGGAUUUCCAAUGAAGAAUGAUCUCUACUCUGGGUUCGUUAUGGAAAUCAUAUUACGCCGCCAUCCAACGCCCCGCUUCAAAGUGAGCAUUGAGCCUGGCCCAUCGAGAAAAAGCGAUAAAGAGCUCCAGCAACUCAAAGCAUUUGAGCCCGUUGUUCAUGCCAAUACUGAGCAGUCAGCUUCACUCAUCGGCAAAGCUACGGAAUUCCUUGGACCCUCCACCGAGGGUGGAUUCAGUGACGAUACCAUGAAAGUCGAGGUUUCUGGUCCUGAUCAGCCUGAUUUGACUCUCAUUGAUAUGCCUGGGUGUUACUUCACAGAGGGCACGGAUGACAGAAGUCAAGCAAAGGACCCUGGCCGUCUUCACAUGGAAAAAUACAUGCUGAAUCCACGAAGCAUCAUCCUCCCUGUGGUAUCGGCGAAAAUCGACAUUUGUGUUCAGAAGAUACUCGAUUUCGCGGACAAAUACGAUGCAGAACGCAACCGGAUUAUGGGGAUUGUUACUCAUCUAGAUACGCUCGAAGCAUUAUCCGACGAGGAAAGGUUAUGGAUGAAGGCCGUCAAAGAAACAACAACCGAACUGCCUCUGGGAUUGCAUUUGGUAUGCACCCGAUCGUACGAGACACGCAAUGUGCAAGACGAAGAAAGAGAGGAGAAGGAGAAGCAGUUUUUCGAGGGCGGAGAGUGGAAAACCAUGUCGAGGCAAUCCGUCGGGACUGGUAACCUGCGGCGUCGGCUCAGCACUCUUCUUAUGAAUCACGUUCGAAACAGCAUCCCUGGUCUGAUUUCUGAACUCGACAAAAUCAUUCUAAAGAACCAAUCGGAGCUUGCCAAGCUCAAUAUUCCUCGAGAAACUAUUCAUCAACGGAAAGCACUGUUAUUCAAUCUCAGUAGUGCUUUCCAGCGCAUAACCCAACAAGCAUUGAAUGGUAUGUACACAGACGACUUCUUCGCUAUCUUAGAUGAAAGUGAAUCCAAGGUCCACGACCCCCGGCGUCUCCGUGCUACUCUUCGUGACUUGAACGAGGAUUUUGCAGAUAUUAUGGAAAUUGCCGGGUGCCGUCAAUACAUUUAUGGGGUCCACGACCGGAUAACCCCAUUCAUACACCCUCGCAACCCUUACGCCAAUAUCAGAUGGCAGGCUCGCAGGAGCCGCUCUGAGUUCGAAUCCGAGGUCAGCGAGAAAAUGCGCCGCGACAGAGGAAUUGAACUUCCAGGAAAUGGCAAUCAGCUACUAGUGGGUAGCCUGUUUCGCGACCAGUCACAGCCCUGGGAGGAAAUUGCUCGAGCCCAUUUGAUGAAAUCGUGGGAGUCUACCCUAGACUUUGUGACACUUUUGCUGGACCAUCUUGCGGAUGAAGGUACAUCUGUGGUGAUAUUGCAGACUAUCAUUCGCCCGCAGCUUGAUAGAAUGGAAGAAGAUCUACUGGCAAAGCUACAUGAGUUGACUGCUUACUACAAGCGAGGCCACCCGUUGCCUAUGAGUGGAACCUUCUUGCGAGCUGUUCCAUUGCCUCUUGAUCGAAGCUUUCUUGCUAAGAUGCAGAAAUCCAAGAAUGAUCGCCUGCUGGCCAACCUCCAAAAGAGCCUUCCUUCAACUAUGAACAAUACAUUCAACAAGGAAGAGCUUAAGGUGGCAACUCAGAACCUGGAAUCAUUAAGCAAUCGGUCCGCGGCUUCAGACAUCGUUGACCAAUUUCAAGCAUAUUACAACACCUCGCUUUUGAUUUUCAUGGACAACAUUGCAACACUUGCGAUCGAAAAUUGUCUUCUCGCUCCUCUGGAUAGCGUCUUGACAACUCAAACAAUCACCAACAUGGAGGACAACCAAAUCGAGGAACUAUUUGCUGGUGUGCACGAGGGUGUACAGAAAUCACGAGACUACGUGACCUGCGAGCUGGCGAAGUUGCAAACUGGGUUGCGAGAAUUGAAACAAUUCAACAUUGCGAAUCAAAGCACACUGUCUACUGGAACAAUUGAGAAUCCAGGAUCAAGCUCGGCUUAUGGGUGUUCACCUCUCCACUCAUUCCUCACGCCUCAAGGAAUUUUAUGCAAUGGUGCACCUUCCAAUCCAUUUGGAAUACUAUGCAUGGAUUCAACAGUUCGAGGCGAGAACGGCAUACCCGGGUAUCAACUUUCGUGGCCAUACAACCCGGCAUUCGACAAGGAGGCUUCAAUCACACCUUGUCCCAGUGGUCCACUCGGCUUGAAUCCCGGUAUGGUCAAUGCUGGAACAGCGACUGCUCCAUUUGGAUCUUUCUCGAGCCCGAACGCCAUUCCAAGCACUUACAAUUCCGGGGCACCUGCAUCCUUCAAGGUUGCACCUCCACUCCCUUCGACAGCCACACCUAGCUCAUUCUGGUCUCCCACGACUCAUCCGUUUAUUCAUCCUGUUCCUUAUCCUGCACCGGAUAAGUUUACUCAUUCUUUUCCUUAUCCUACACCGGAUACACGUUCUUACAACCGGGAUAUGUGUUAUGAUGAGAAGGAAAAUCACGGUAUCAAUGGCAUCCUGACAACCACCAACCGAUACCAUUCGAUAUGUUACCAUCCCGAUUUCAAAUAUUUCUCCCACGAGGAACUGCGACUGGCCGAUUAUCAGCUCGACGCAAAGAUAAAAGACCUCUUUCAACCUGCAGUGGGGAGCAUUGGAAGAAAUUAA